AUGCUCUUCCAACGCUUCGACCGCCUCCUCUUCCUUGCCAAGGGCGGACGGACCGUGUACUUUGGCGAAGUCGGCGAAAACUCCUCCACCCUAACCAGCUAUUUUGAGCGUAACGGCGGGCAUGCAAUCACGGACGGCGAGAAUCCGGCGGAGUGGAUGCUUGAUGUUAUUGGCGCAGCACCGGGCUCACACUCAGACAUUGACUGGCCGGCUGUGUGGAACGACAGUCCCGAGAAACAGGCCGUCGUAAACCACCUGGAAGAGCUCAAGAGCACGCUCUCCGUCAAACCCAAGCCCGAAGCAUCUCCCGUUGAAUACAAGGAAUUCGCAGCGCCAACAAUGGUUCAGCUGAAGGAGUGCAUGCUGCGCGUGUUCUCGCAGUACUGGCGAACCCCAUCAUACAUCUACUUUAAGAUCAUCCUGUCCAUUCUGACAGCGCUCUACAACGGAUUCUCCUUCUCCCACGCCAAGAAUACGCAGCAGGGCCUCCAGAACCAGAUGUUUAGUAUCUUUAUGCUAAUAACAAUCUUUGGAAACCUGGUACAGCAAAUCAUGCCGAAUUUCGUGACGCAGCGGGCAAUAUAUGAAGUUCGCGAGCGCCCGUCGAAGAUGUACAGCUGGCGCGUGUUCAUGGCGAGUAACAUCCUGGUUAAACUACCAUGGAACUUCCUUCUUGCACUCCUUAUGUUCUUCUGCUGGUAUUAUCCCGUUGGCCUGUACAGGAACGCCGAGCCCACGGACGCCGUAAAUGAGCGCGGCGCCAUGAUGUUCCUCUUCUCAUCGUCUUCCUCUGGUUCACAUCAACCUUCGCCCAUAUGA